UGUACCCAUUGUAGAUAUAUCCUCAGCAAAGUAAAAAGUCUGACGUGCAGAUUUACAAAAAAAAUCAUUGAAGCUGUCAAGGCCACAUCUCUGUACUCUAUCCAGCGAAGAUUCACUUAUUGGCACACAGUUAGUUUCAAAUCUGAUUUAUAUACCAGUCAUAAUUUUAAUUCCCAACAGAGUCCACAUACGUGGUUUAAUUCCUUCGUCCUCAAGCAUUAUUCAUUGAAAAAUAAUCACUAGAAAAAUGGCCCCCUCGUCCAAUCAAGAAAUCUUGUGCGAUCCACUCCGACAAAAAUUUGUGGAUAUUUUAAAGUCUCACGGAAUCUUAGAUGAAGUGGAAACUAUCACAAUGACAGAGCCCCCAGAACUCAAAGGGGAACACAUGGCGUCUUGUACGGUCUAUGUUUUGGUAGAAUUCAAGGAUACUUCUGUUAAGCCGAAGAAUCUAUUUUGCAAGAAGUUCUCAAGCAAUGCAGCUCACAUUCAAUUUACAAAAGCUAUGCGGAUAAUGGAAAAGGAGGCAGCUUUCUUUAACGAAUUUCUACCCAAGGCAAGAGAAUGCUGUAAAAAAUAUAAAGGAUGUGAAAACUUGCUGAAUUUCUUCCCUAAAAUCAUACAUGGCGAUGAUGAAAUGAUUGUUCUUGAAAAUCUGGUAUUGGACGAUACGUUCAUCAUGCUGAAUAAAGAAGAAAGACAGGAUCUUACCACGGCAAAACACGUGCUAGCAAAUCUAGCCCGAUUUCACGCCGCAACACACGUCUUUAUUACCGAAGAGUGUGGGGGCACAAAUUACCUGAAAUUCAGACAAGAUUGGGAGCUAGUUUGCUGUGAAGCCUUUAUAAGCGAUAACAACCCCAUGAUAGAGUCAAUGUUCGAUACCGGUGUCUCUAGCUGUAUGAAUAUACUGAAGGGAUUUCCAGUCGAAGGCGGCGACGAGGCAAUGCAAACAUUGAUUGGAUACAUAGGUAAAGCGUAUCCAAUGGUCUCGACACUCUUAAAAUCUCGCACGGAUAAGUUUCAAGUUUUAAACCACGGAGAUUGCUGGAACAACAAUAUGUUGUUUAAAUUCGAUCCGGAGACGAGGAAGAUAACUGAUCACAUAUUUGUGGACCUUCAAAUAACAAGGCUUGGUUCUCCAAAUUUGGAUGUUGGAUACUUUUUAUACACCAGUGUUCAGCCCAUAGUACGAAGGCAACAUUUUAUGGAAUUGCUUCAGCAUUAUUUCGAUAGUCUGACAAAUACCUUGGCCAUGUUUGACGUGAAAUGCCCCAUUAAUUUUGAGGAUUUUGUGGAGGAUUAUCGUCAAAAAAGCCAACUGGGCUUUUUCUUCGGUCUAAAUGUUGUUGCGGCUAUUGGAGCCUUGAAAGAUAUCGAUAUUGAAAACAUGAGUGAAGAUCCUGUCGAAAUGAUGGCAAUGUUUCAAAACGCUAUUACUAAUUGGGUUACUAAAAAUCCAGAAAAAGCUGCGGACAUUGCCACAGAAAUUGUUGCGGUUCUCAAGGAAAAUGAAAAAAUUCUUGGGGAGUCUAGAUUACCUUAAAACGUGGAAAUUUCAUGUUGACCCUUCUAGUUGCCGGGUCAAUUUUAUCCUACCGACGUUAUUACAAAUUACUAUAACCUUCUAACCUUAUAAAGCCAAUUCUAAAUGUAUAUAUGUGUAUAUUUGUAAACUGCUGUAGCCCACACAGUAAAAGCGGGUACUACAUUCAGCAUUGUCGAAUAUUGCCAAUAAAACAAUCUAUUUGAUUUGUGCAUGUCAUAAAUGAAUGAUUG